AUGAGUUAUAAGAAUUGGAUUCACAAUACCAACCUGCGGGUUGCACAAAGUCCCGUGGGAAGAUGGUUCCGUCUCGAGGGCUCGGGUCAUCCCAGGGAGAGAAAGGGGAGCUACUUCUUCACUGAAAUUCGCGCCGGUCUCGCCACGUUCUUCGCUAUGGCAUAUAUUAUCUCCGUCAACAGCACCAUCACCUCUGCCACCGGUGGAACCUGUGUCUGCCCCGAAGAGGGCCUGGCAGAUGCCUGCGCUACCAAUGCCGAAUACGCUCUGUGCACACAGGAAGUCAACCGGGACCUCGUCACCGCCACCGCAGCUAUUGCCGCGCUGUCUACAUUCUGUAUGGGUCUAUUUGCAAACUUGCCCAUCGCCCUCGCCCCCGGUAUGGGUUUGAACGCAUACUUCGCCUACACUGUGGUUGGUGUUCGUGGUACUGGCUUGGUUUCAUACUCUACAGCUCUCACUGCUGUCUUCGUCGAAGGCUGGGUAUUCCUUGGUUUGACCCUCCUCGGUAUGCGACAGUGGUUAGCGCGUGCGCUUCCAUCUUCGAUCAAACUCGCCACCGGAGUCGGUAUCGGUCUCUAUCUCGCCUUGAUUGGUUUGACGUAUGAUGCCGGUAUUGGAUUGGUCCAGGGUGCUUCAUCCACACCAAUUGAAUUGGCUGGAUGUGCGUCUCAGUACUUCGACCCGGAGACCGGAUUGUGUAUGAGCAGCGAGAAGAUGCGUAACCCUACCAUGUGGAUUGGUAUCUUCUGUGGUGGAAUUCUGACUGCUUUGUUGAUGAUGUACCGCAUCAAGGGUGCUGUUAUUAUUGGUAUUCUUUUGGUUUCGAUUAUCUCGUGGCCUCGCACUACUCCCGUUACCUACUUCCCUUACACGGAAUUGGGCACGAGCAAGUUCGACUUCUUCAAAAAGGUGGUGACAUUCCAUCCGAUCAAACACAUUCUUGUUGCUCAGGAUUGGGACCUCUCCGGCAAGGGUGGCCAGUUUGGAUUAGCUUUCAUUACAUUUUUAUAUGUCGAUAUUCUGGAUACUACUGGUACUAUGUACUCAAUGGCCCGUUUUGCCGGUACCAUUGAUGAGAAGACUCAGGAUUUCGAGGGCAGCGCCAUGGCCUACAUGGUCGACGCCAUCUCCAUCUCCAUUGGAUCCCUACUUGGAAGCCCUCCCGUUACAGCAUUCGUCGAGUCCGGUGCGGGUAUCUCUGAAGGUGGCAAGACAGGUCUUACAUCCUGCACAACUGGCAUUGCCUUCUUCAUCUCAGUCUUCUUCGCUCCAAUCUUCGCCUCUAUUCCACCUUGGGCCACUGGUUGCACACUCGUGAUCGUUGGUGCAUUGAUGGCCAAGGCAGCCGCCGAAAUUAACUGGCGCUACUACGGCGAUGCUAUUCCCGCAUUCCUAACCAUCGCAAUCAUGCCUUUCACGUACAGUAUUGCCUACGGUCUGAUUGCCGGUAUCACCAGCUACAUCACUCUCAACGGCAUUGCCUGGAUCCUUGAGAAGGUCAGCGGUGGCCGUAUCGUCCCCCCUAACAAGGAGGAGUCUGAUCCUUGGUCCUGGAAGCUCAAGGGUGGUUUCUUGCCUCCUUGGGUCAACCGUGCUGCUCACGGAAAGAAGGAUUUCUGGCGCCCUGACGAGGAGAUGCAGCAUGUCGAUGAGGGCGAGUCUGGAUCUCUUGCCUCCUCUGUCGAACGUGUGGCUCUUGAGAAGGGUCAAGAGCCUACUGAGGCUCACCCUGUCAAGUCUGUGUAA